AUGUCUGGUGUUUGGGUAUUCGACAAGAAUGGCGUGGCCCGGCUCGUGACGAACCCGACCCGGGAGUCGUUCGAACAAAAGGAGCCGCCAUUUCCGGGCACAGCCACCGCCCCAGGUGCACGUCCACGGCUUCUGGUGUACCUCCCAGAGAAUCAGGUGAUUCGAAGCUACACGGAACUGGAGCAGCGACUGAACCAACUGGGGUGGAGUCGGUACCACAACUACCAGCAUCCCAGCCUGGUCCAGUUCCACAAGUCCGACAACUCUUCUCACCUCCUGUCCCUCCCCAAAAGCUUUGCCAACUUCAAGUCUUUUCACUUUUACGAUAUCGUCGUCAAGAAUCGAUCUUUCUUUGAAGUCCGCGAGGCCUGA